AUUUUAGAUUUGUUUAGCUCUUUGCGAGGUGCGCAUCGUAAAACUCAAGCGCACGCGCUUUGUACGCGUUUUCAAAAAAUUAAACAAAAUUUUAAACGAAAUUCAAAAUCAAAAUACAAAUGUUGUGAAAACCAUAAAUAUUGCGAAAAUUAAGUUGUAAAAAAAUUAUUAUUUCGUGUGAUCUUUUUUUAUUUGUUGGUGUUAAAACAUAAAAUUUUGUAAACUAUUUUUUUAUAGUACCAAAAAAAAAAAAAUAAAAAAUAAGUAAAUAUAAAAAAUCUCACACAGUGGGCUAGUAAACGUGUGGUUUGUAAAAAAAAUUACAACAAUUUUUAAAAUAUUUUUAAGUAAAAAAAAAAUUGUGGCAAUAAUCAAAGUGUUAAUUUUGCAAUAAGUUGAAAAAAAGUUUAAGAGUUUUUUAAGUGAAGAAAAAUUUAAAUUUAUGUCAACAUGUUGAAAUCAUACAAAAUUUACACUUGCACUAAUGGUGCCUUGGGUUUGCACUUGAGUCGGGCUCCUUGGGAUCCAUAUCCCUGGGUGAGCAGCAUACAAAAAGAUUCAACUUCCUAUCAGGCAGGGCUACGCAUCGGAGACUGUUUGCUUGAAUUAAAUGGCCAAGAUGUUUUGGGCAUGAAAAUCUCAGAGAUUGCAGCUCUUUUAAAAAAUCAUUGGCUUAAUGAGAGUAGCAAUUAUGUCACUGUUGUUAUAUGGCGUAAUAAAUGCAACAACAGCAAUAUUAACAGUGAAGAUGCAACAACUGAUGCCUGCAACAAUAAUGAGGAUGAUGAUGACGAAGAUGAGGAAAAUAAUGCACACAACAUUAAUCAGCAAUCGUUGCAAAAGUUUGCAACUUGCCUGCAACAUAUUGCCCAAUUAUUGGAAUGUCCUGUUUGCUUAGAGGUUAUAAAACCACCAGGAUGGCAGUGUUGCAAUGGUCAUGUUCUCUGUAAUAAUUGUCGCAGUCGUUCUGAAAAAUGUCCUGUAUGUCGAGUACCGUUGGGACCACGUGGUAGAUGUUUACUGUCGGAUAAAUUAUUUACUUUGUUGGCUGAUAGUUUUCCCUGUGAUGGCGUGCGCAGUAACAAAAGUUCACCAAAAGAUAGACGGAAAUGCAGUACGGAAUUUCAUAAUCAGCCAAAAAUGGCCAUUGUAAAAAAGCAUCAUCAGCAGCAGCAACAGCAACAGGAAAGAGAUGAACAACAAGGAGCUAAGAAAGCCAAAGAUUUUCUAUUAACAUCCCUAAGACACCGUAGAAGAAAAAUAUCCAGCACAAAAAUGAGUCACGAUAACAAUGAAGAAGGCCAUGAAGGUGAAGCGAAGGAGGAGCAAGAAAAUAAACAUUCAUCAAUGCAAAAACAGGCAAUGUAUGAUGGUGCCACGAGUAGUAUUAAAAGGAAUUGUAACAAUCGGAAGUCAACACCAGAUUAUAAUAGUGAAGCUGGUAGUGGCAAUAUUAAAGGAGGUGUUGGUGUGACUACAACAAUGACGACAACCUUUUGCAACGAUGAAUUGCUUGGACAAACAUCAACAAUACAACAAUGUCAUUGUAUAACGUGUUAUAAGCCAGAUAAAGUUGCAAUUGUAAAUAAUGUUACAACAGCAGCAGCCACAACUGCAUCUGCUUCACUAAAUAAAUAUAUAUUACGGAUACCAAGUCAGGGGCAACUAGAGAACAUGCCAGAGCAACAACUACAACGACAGCAAUACGAAGAAAAAUAUCAAAAUUAUCAGUGCCCAACUGGGAAAUUAUGUUGCUUGACUAAGAACGUGAUGCCCCAUGCAACAUGUACUAGAGUGACAACAACUACUGACAACAACACACCCCACCAUGCUUCAAUGACUAAUAACAACUUGUCAACAACAACAACAACAGCAACAACUAAACAAACAAUACCAACUGUUUUGAAUUCAGGAAACCAACAACAGCAACAGCAUCAGGUUAAUGUUUAUAAUUUUCAUAAAAUCCUUAAAAAUGAAUGGGACAUUUUAGCUCAUCUUACCCAAGAUCAUCAAUUACCAGUGAAUCAGUAUUAUGCCGAAUAUGGUCAACGUAUACAACUGCAAUGUCUUAGCCAACACUCUAUAAUCUGUCUUAAUCUCAAGGGAUCGGAUGAGAAUGAUUCCAAAGUAGAAAAAUUCUUUAUAGCCUGCAUACCUUUAGAAAUGACCCCGAGGGCAACAGUCUCAAAAGUGGCCAUAUUUUUGUAUCACAUGAAUUCUGUAGCCAAUGUGGCCACCACCAUCACAACAAUCACAUCCGCCUCGACUUCCUUAGAUGAUGAGGUCAGCAAUUUUGAAACGAUUAUAGAAAAUCCCUUAACGGGUAUUAAAUGGUUUGGUCGCGCUCAUCCCUUAACCACCCCCUGGUCACAUAUACAUGAAAAACAACAUUUUUUCCAGUACAACGUGUUGCAAAAUCAUUUGGAUGUUGUCAGCGGUAUGGGUGAAGCAGUCGUGAGUGGUAGUGAUGCAUUUGUGAUUGUUGUAAAAAGAAAAUUAGAAAUAACAACAAAAAUCUAAGCGAGGAGACCACAAAAUGAAAUGGAAAUCGAAAAAAAUAAGACAAUUCAAACAAUGAAAUGUAUGAAAAGAAAAAUAUGUAAUUCGAUUAUAUGUAUGUAGUAAAAAUGAAUGUUGCAUGUUGCAAAUACAUGCUUUAGCAAACAAAAAAAAUCAAAACUAGCAAAAUUGAUGACUUGUAUUGCUACGUGCUUACGAUUUUAUAGCCCUGCUCAAACUACGUUAAAACUGACUGACAUCGUAACCCAUAACGGGGUUACGAGUAUGUUACUAGAUUUAUAUGUAUGAAAAGGUUUUAAUUUAAAAAACUUUCUUUUAAAUGUUUAAACCUUUCUGAAACUUAAAAUAAUCGAAAUUUUUUCAAAGUUUCUUAAAUUGUGAUUUACAUUAACAUCAUAUAGUCAGACACUAGAAAUUAAUUUGAAACAAUUUGCUUAAAUUGAAAAUUUCAAAAUUUUUAAUUUGCUUUAUGUGGCUUUUCGUACGUAGUUAUUGUUAAUCAACUUUUUCGAAAAAUAUGCUGAUUAAGAGAAACUAAUUAUUUAUAAAACUGUAUUAAAAUGUACAUAAGGAAAAGCCGAAUAUCCUUAAUAACUAUAUAUUUUAAAUUAUUGAUCCAAAGUUUAAAAUUUAUAAGUUUAUAACUUGAUACAUUUAACUAAUUUAAGCAAAUUCAUAUUUGCUCUUACAUAACAAUUGUAAAAACAAUCUAAUUAAAUAAUAUUCAAACGUAGUUCUACAAAAAUAAUUUCCAAACGAUAGUUUUUUUUAUUUAUUUAAAGUAAAUUUCACAUUGCAGAAUAAAUUUUAUAUUUGAAUAAAAUUGCAAAAUUUCAUAAUUUUUUAUAUUGGUCAUAUUCGCACUUGUUUAUUUAAAUGAAAACAUUACAAAUCAUUUAUUGUUAAUAAUAAAAUUUAAUUAUCGUUUUGUAUAAAUUUAUUACAGAGUACACUCUAAACGAUUAUUGUAGUUUAUUAAAUUAAAGUAUUUUUUUACGAAUUUAUCAUUUGUGUAUUUAUUUGCAUAUUAAGUCUGAUUUAAUAAAAUUUGUUUAAAA